GCAUUGCCUGCUUGUGUUGCUGUUUACAGAAGUAUUGUGCAAAAACAUCCAACAAGCAAACGGUCAGAAUAGCGCGCCUGCCGUUGAUUUAAUUUGUAUGUGCGUGCGAUUGUGAAGGAAAAGCACCCAACGACAAUCAAGACUCGCAUUUAUUUAAUAUAUUGACUGGAGAGCGGAAACAGCAGCUGGAACAAUGUCAGACGACAAUGCGGAUUCCUUGGAUCAAGAUCACCAUGUGCACUUCGACACCACUACACUGAAGGAUGACUUCGAGUCAGACAAUUGUGUGACAUAUCAACGCUCGGGCGACACCAUAAUAGUUAGCUUGGGCUUUUUACAAAUUAACCACCGAUAUCUAAUUGAUUUGAAACUGCCUGCCUCGCUUUUUGGAGAUGUUGGUACGUCUAGCAACAAGUUCUUGCCACAUGUCGAUGCCACACCGAAUUUGCAUUGCCGCAUUACCGAAUUCUCGGGCAGCAAACAUGACGAGCAUGACUUUUACGAGAUGAAUAUCGAGUUCUUUGCCUAUAAGGAGAAGCUGUUGCGCGAGACGUUGCACAUUGUCAACUCAAAGAAUUCCAAGGAGGUGUUCCAGCUGAUCAUUGCAGCUCGUGUCCUAGGCCGUGGCAAGGGAACGCCAAUGCUGCGGACAGGAAUCCAUUGCAUUGGUGUGGAGAAGGAUGAUGAUGAGUCCGAAGCAUCUGAUUUUGCGGGCUUUGACAAACCCUAAGCUGUGCGCUGGCGCUGAAUCUGAUGCUGUCGUCAGUGAUUUAGUUUGUUUUUAAUUGUUAAGAACAUAUUUUCCUAUUUGUAAGGGGAAAUACAAUAACAUUUUUAAUAUUAGUUUAAAUUAAUUGCAAUUAAUUGAAUUCUUUGUUGUCUUAAAAACGCUACAGAUUGUUUGUGACUCUUUAGCGUGUACUUAAAAGAAUUCUUUGUUAUUAUCAUCGUCAAGAUUUAUAAUACUGAUUGAAUAUAUGACGCAUCUUAACUAUAGACGAAAAGUAUCGCUAGAAAUGUUUUUAAAAAGCGAUUGUAGUCGGGCAAUUCUAAUUUAAAACACGAACGUAACUCAAGUUUUUUCAUACAUAAAGCGAAAUCAUUUAAAUAAUUUGUGAGCACUAUAUGGAAUCAUAUUUGCUAUUAAAUUAUACGUUUUAAAGUUGUAUUUGGACAACUUAUUUAUUUAGCUUGAUUGUCAUGGAUUGCACAUCGUUUUUAUCAAUUUAUAUGUUACUUGAGACUAUGGCACUGUUCAUUUUUCUGCUGAUGUGUUGUGCGCGAAUAUUAUAAUUUGUAACCGAUCUUGACCUUGAAUAUGCAAAAUAUGUAUGCAUUACGAACAUGCACUCCCUUACGAUGUAGAAUCACGAAAUAAUAGUACAAGCACCAAUUACUCAAUGCAAUGUAAACUUACAAGUAUGAUGAAAUGCUCAGUGUAAUGCCACACCACGACCAAUUGAAAGCCUUUUUACAGCCCCAAAAUGAAAAAAUUCAAAAAAGAAUAUAAUACAAUUUAUAUAUGCAUGUGCGAUGCCAGGUGCUGUGUAAUUAUAAACUUUUAUGCAACUCACGAAACAAAAGCAUUCAUCUUUGUAUUUAAGCGUCAAAUAUUUAAGAAAAAUUAAAUAUAUAUUUAAGAAAAUGUUAACAAUAUACAUGCAUACUUAUAAAACAACCUACUUAUGAUAACAGUUUUGAAUUAUGCCAAGCAAUUAUUACUAUAUUCUAAAGUUGAACAC